CGCGCGCCGGCCGCUGCUCCGCGCUUCCUGUGAGGUCAGGUGGGAGGAAGCGGCCAGCGAGCGGCCGGGAGUGGACACUGCCGGAGUCGGGAGCCGCGCCCGCAGGAUCCCUCCCGGUAUUGCUGGUGCUGGUAUCACCCGAAGUGGGCCGGCACCUCCCGGAGGGGGCCUGGAGAAACCAGGUCCUGGCCGGAUCCCCGCGGGGAACUUAACAGGACUUCAUUUUUCAUCAAAGGAAGAGGCGCCUCCAGCCGCAGGCUCCAGUUUGUUGCUCCCUUGGGGCCGUUGGCAGGGGGGAAGGUGCCACCCUGCCGGGAACCCAGGGUUCCAGGAAGAUGGUGCGGAUCUUGGCCAAUGGGGAAAUCGUGCAGGAUGAUGACCCGCGGGUGAGGGCCACCCCGCAGGCCCGCAGCAGUGCCCCUGGGCAGGGCUUUCCCAGCAGGGGCCACGGCACCCCCCUGUGGGGUGCUGGGACCCACCAGCAGCAGGCCGCUGCCAGGCUGGGGGCGGCCCAGUCCCCCUUGCACGACCUCAACCGGCAGCUGGUGACCCUGGGCUUCCCGCAGUGGUACCUGGGCAACCACGCCGUGGAGCCCGUCAUGUCCCUGCUGCUGCUCUUCCUGCUGGUGAUGCUCGGGGUGCGGGGCCUGCUGCUGGCAGGCCUCGUGUACCUGCUGUCCCACCUCAGCCAGCGGUGACCUCAGCGGCCAGAGGGAGCCACGGGGCUUGGCAAGCCUGGAAGGGGCUUCCACGCCGCGGCCGCGUGUGUCGGGCAGAGGCCGGCAGCCCCAGUGGCCCUCUGAGAGUCAGGGCAGGGUCCCGGGGCCCCAGAGCUGCCGCGGGAGACAUCGGGCCUGCACGGGGCGCAUCAUCCAUGCCAGAAAGGAUCCCCUUUUCAUCUUUCCCCCAGUCCUGGAUGCCAGGAAGAAAGGCCUGGCGUGGCACCCAUGUGUUUCAGGUCCCCCACCCCUGAUUCUGGCGAGCAGCCCCGAAGGUCCUGAAGGUCCCCCGACUUUCAUAGCACUGCUCAGUCUUCUGGGUACUUUUUAUCAGCUACCUUUUAUUGAUGGCACCCGGUACUGGUGUUCUGUCUGUCUUGGUGGCGUUUUCAAUAAAUCUGAGUCAAAGGAA